UGUGAUCCCUCUAAAAAAUCGCCCCAACCAGUCAGCAGCGUGCAGAGAGUGUGCUGUGCGUCCACUCCCCAGUACUUUCCGGCUCUCCUCUCCGCUUGCUGCAAUGUAUUAAUGAAGAGAAAAACGCGUAAAGUGUUAAAUGUUUGAAACACAAAACCGCCGAAGUGCACAUGCUGAAAAGGGACUCCUCUACUCGUGCGCGCGGCACUGCUGUGUCCGUGCAAUAGACUCUGCAAAGAAAAACUCCUCUGCAAAAAAAGGACGCACUUUUCAAGACAAAAACGCUUUAAAACAUCAAAACUGGCUCACGUUGUUCUUCCCAACCAGCCCUCCAACAGUUUGACAGCUGCUCUUCACCCCACUACUUCUUGGAGGACUGUCAGCAGCAGCAGCAGCAGCAGCAGCAGCAGCAAGAGGAUGGCAUCAGAGCUGGCAAUGAGCAACUCCGACCUGCCCACCAGUCCCCUGGCCAUGGAAUAUGUUAAUGACUUCGAUCUGAUGAAGUUUGAAGUGAAAAAGGAGCCGGUGGAGCCCGAUCGCAACAUCAGCCAGUGCAGUCGCCUUAUCGCCGGGGGAUCCUUGUCUUCCACCCCGAUGAGCACGCCGUGCAGCUCGGUUCCCCCCUCCCCGAGCUUCUCGGCGCCCAGUCCGGGCUCCGGGAGCGAACAGAAGACGCACAUAGAGGAUUUCUACUGGAUGUCCGGUUACCAACAGCAACUGAAUCCAGAGGCUCUGGGUUUCAGCCCCGAAGACGCGGUCGAGGCGCUGAUCAACAGCAGUCACCAGCUCCAGCAGUUCGAUGGCUGCUACGCCAGGGGCCAGCAGUUCGGUGCCGGGGCUGCAGCCGGAGCAGGAGGCGCCAUGGCCGGGGAGGAGAUGGGCUCCUCCGCGGCGGCGGUGGUGUCGGCAGUCAUCGCCGCUGCAGCCGCUCAGCAGAACGGAGGACCACACCACCACCACCAUCAUCAUCACCACAACCAACACCACCACCAGUCGCCUGGAAGCCAGUCCAACAACGGCACUUCUUCUGGGUCAAUUCACGCACACAUGCGCCUGGAUGAUCGGUUCUCAGACGACCAGCUGGUCAGCAUGUCGGUGCGGGAGCUCAACCGGCAGCUACGGGGGGUCAGCAAGGAAGAAGUGAUCCGGUUGAAACAGAAGAGGAGGACCCUUAAGAACAGAGGCUACGCGCAGAGUUGCCGGUACAAGCGGGUCCAGCAGAGGCACGUCCUGGAGGGAGAGAAGACGCAACUCAUCCAGCAGGUCGAUCAUCUAAAGCUGGAGAUCUCCAGGCUGGUGCGAGAGAGAGACGCGUAUAAAGAAAAGUAUGAGAAGCUCAUCAGCAACGGCUUCAGAGAAAAUGGAUCGAGCAGCGACAACAACCCUUCAUCACCGGAGUUUUUCAUGUCCUCGAGAAAAUUCCUCCACCUGUGAUUUCAAGCCCCAGUCCUCCGUGCCCUCGGCUCUCUGAGAUAACCCAACGACUGAGCAGUGAUGACAUCAGAGCGGCCGACCAAUCGCACGAAGACACCUACAAAGCACAACAUUCAAAAAUGACUUCACUGAAGAACAAAAGACGAGACCUGCUGAAAUCCCUCGGAAUCCCUACAGUGAUAUUCUUGAAAGCCUCUUAUGCUCCUGAUUCCCUCCCUAAUAUUUUACCUCCAGCUUUUUUCUACGAAACACAAAAAAAGAAAAAAAAAAAAACAGAGAGACUCAUACUCAUGAGAUUGUUGACAAUGUCAGAUAGAUACACUGGAAGGACUAUUUUCUCUUUGGUGGGAAGAUCAUUGAUGCAUGCGUCUGUAAAUAGAUCAUAAUAAAACCCUAUUCUUAUUCCUAAUAUAGGAAACAUACCAAGUCGCUCUCACCAACCUUCAUGACUGUGGAUAGAGUACUCAUGGUUCAAUAUUUUCCAUAAAGUCAGUAUUCUUCUUACCUCCUCAUGUAAUUAUCAUUUCCAAUAUCAUUUCUCUACUCUUUGGAGUUAUUUGGACUGUAAAAAAUUGUACUUCCUACUCUUCUUAUUCUCUUUACAUAACGGCCUAGUCUUCCUCUCCAGUAUCCACACUAGUACAUGUAAAUAGAGACGAAUGAAGACAGCAUGGAACAGACUAUAGUGUAUAUUUACCACUCCCCUAGUAGAUGACAAAUCUCAAUACGUGGAUAUUUCAGACAACCUUUUUAAAAGUUUAAAAUACUCAAACUUCUCUGAUAGUUAAAGACAUAGACCCAGGUAUCUGGACACUUUUCCUGUGUAUUUAAAUAGAUGCAUAAAGGCAUUAGCUAUAGGUAAUGUUAUUGUUUGACUACCGUACAAGGAUUAUAAGGCAGCGAUUCCUUUGGUAUCAAUUCCAUCAGGAAACACAACAGUCAAACUGAAGAGGAAAAUUCAACAAAGCCUGUAACAAAGUCUACCUUGGCACUACUAAAUAUUAUUUCUAACAUUUUAUAUUGUUAUUUACAUUUUUUCCCCCCCCCCAAUACCUACCUAUUUAUUCUUUCCCAUUGCAAUAAUUGCCCUCUCCCUCCCCAUGUGUGGGUUGUAACUGCUGUAGCGAAGCGAGGGACACUUUUUUUCUUUGCAUUGUUUGAAACGGUGCUCUGAUCCCAAGCCUACACAUGAUGGGAAAAGAACACCACAUUGAUUGCAAUGUGGACAUGAGGACUCUGACCUCCGUCUUCUAUGGACUACGAAGAUAACCAAAUGGACUGACUGAUAAUAUGCCGAGCCAACGAAGAGACAACCUCAAAGGUUACCCCCCGUCACUGGCGAAGACUGAAAACCUUUGCAUGGACAACGGGGGAAAACACUAGGUUGUUGAACACCUCAUCAUCUCCACCAUUGUGCAUCCUCUACCUCUCAGUCAGUGUGUGCUGUGCGUCUAGGAAACCACAACUUAUCAGUGACCCCUCUGCUGUCCACUUCUCCACUGCAUGUCCCCAGAGCCUCAUGAGGAAAGUGUCCAUGAUGGACACACAUGGCAAUGGGGGAAAAACAAACACUGGCUCACUUUGACACAAACACACUCACACAUAUGAGCGCAUGCAUACAGAUGCACAAUCAUACACACAGCGCCACUUCAAUACGUUGCUGUAUAUAUGUACAGUAUAUCCACUAUGUAUAGUCGCAAAUGCUGUGCUUUGCAUGCUGACUUGUAGAUGGAACGUGACCAUUAUUCAUAGAAGAGGUUGUGCAGGUAUAGGCCAAGUCACUGGAUUGACUCUCUAAGCCAAUGCAAGCUCUUUGUCAGCUUCACAUCUCCUUUCUUUGAUUUGAGAAAAUGUACAGUGACACUGUUUUACCGCCCCCCGUUUCUAUUGUGAAAGGUCCUCUUCAGCCAAACAGCAGCGCCGAUAGAUUUUAAACUCUUUGAAGGGACACAUAACCUCGCCUUUGAUGUGAGACAGAACCUGGCCACAGCGAGCGUGGGUAGCAGAGGAGAGGAGGGAAGGCAAACUGGGGCGCUCCAAUUAAGUGGCAGCGCACAAAGUGGCAUGGGGCAUCCUGCCAGCAACUGUCUAUUCAUCCUAUGUCAAAGGGAUUUGCACAUCUCAAUGAGUCUACGCGCUGCCAGAGAAGUCCGAGAGCAGAGCGGAGAAAGGGAGCGAGGCUCGGGAGAAAGGAUAGGACAGGAAAAUUUAGGGGUUGAGUUGAGCUCAUGUCCAAGUAUUCUCCUGGUCUGUCCACCUAUAGAAUAUUCUGUUCUGACCGGCAGCCACCUCGGAGAGUUCAAAAACCCCUUAACCUCAAACUGUUACACCGUCAUGCGGCUCUCUGGGCCGUCAUGACCUCACGUCCUGUCUGAGGUUAACGUCGUGUUAAUGAGCAUGGCCUUCAGCUCAACCAGAUGUUCAGCCCUGUGGUUAAAUACUUGUUACCCUUCUAUCCCAAUGGUUCUUCAAUGCCUGCCCACAACAGCUGUACUCCUUCACAGACACAGCUCCACUAACAUGGAAGAUCAUGUUAAGUAGGGAUACAUUAGAUUUAAACUCUGGUGUAGGUGUUAAGGGUGGGAAAAAAAAUGGAUUCUUGGAAUGGAAUUUUGAAAUUGAUUUUUUAAUGCCAGAAGCAAUAUAUUUGCUUCAUCUUUGUGGUCAAAUCAGCCGACGAUACAACUGUAGAGGACCCAUAUACUGACAUUUAUGUUAAAUGCAUUCAACACCUUGAUGGAGCUGACCAUGGAUGUAUAAAGAGAACGGAGCCGAUGGGAGAGCUAGUGACGCACUCGGCGAAGUUAGAGGAAAUAUACACGUGGGACUACAUCCGGUUUUCAAAAUAAGGUGUUAACGAAGGGAACUGUGUAUACAAAAUACAUACAUGGAAAUAAGAUUGAUUGGAUUAUAUUCACCAGAAGUAUAAAACAUGACAUGCCCCUUAUAAAUUAAAAAGAAAAUACCACUAAUUUGUGACGGAAAUAUCUUUGUUUUUAGAUUUUUGGGGUGCUGGAAAUUCUUUUUAUAAAUAAUGCCUGACAGUGACUGAUAUAUUUGACUUCAGGACAUCUCUGACUACAUACUUGCUGAAAAUCAAAGAUUCUUCCUGUAAUUAUUUAGAUAUUUUCCAAAGUAAAAGUCCCUAGAAGUGUAUGAUUCAACUUUCUCCUAGUGUUAAAAAGUAUAAAAAAAAAAAAUCGCAAUAAUCACAAUCGUAAUAUCGAAUCACAAUACUUAAAAAUCGCAAUACAUAUCGAAUUGGCACCCAAGUAUCGUGAUAGUAUCGAGUGGGGAGAUAGGUGUAUCAUCCCAUCCCUAGUAGGUGUGUUUCCUUUUUCACUAAAAAUAAUCAAACUGAUCAAAAUCUACACAAUGCAUCAAGAAAAUAGUCAUUUAAGCAGAAUACAGGUGCUGUAGAUUACUUAAUGUGUAUGCCCCCUUGUGCAGCCAAUAUAUAUGAAGAAUUCGUCUUAAUUCAAAUACUGUCAGAGCACACUGAAUCACAUGAGGGUAUUUACAGUCAACAUGUAAACAAACUUGAAAUUAAGACUUAUGACUUAGCAGUGAUUAGUUAAAGAAGAUUUAAAAUACAGGAAGGAUGAAGAUGUCACUCAAACACGAGACGUAGUAUGUGGUAGGAAACAAGACAUUGAGCAAGUGCUGAUCUUCUCUGAGCCUCGAGGCUUUCCACUUUCUCAGAAGUCAAACAAAGCUCCGUUUCUGCGCAGCUGCAGGCGACGUGUGACAGGUUGAUUUGUUUUUCUCUGCUUUUGAAUGCGUUGUUCUGCCCUGACAGUCGGGGAAGCAUUUAUCUGGCGAUGACCCUGAGCGAGGUCAGCACAUGUACAUAAACACGCAGAGAUGUACGUGUCCAUAGACAGACAGAAUGUGUGAACACAAACGCAUAGAGACACAUCCUUGCUCUUUCUUUCUCCCACUCACACACACACCGUGCUAAUCUAAACAGCAAGGCUGUAUGUAAACAGAUCGUCGACAUAAUGGGAUUGUUCAGUGUGCAAACAAUAAGCUGUUAGCGUAAUCACAGGUCAAAGAUAUAUUACCCAGAGGGCCACGCUGUAGGUAUAUUAACAUGAUGGAUAUGUGGGAGAGAGGAGGGGGGCAGGGAUACGAAAGAUAUAGAGCACUACUGACUCAGAUUUACCCCCUAUUGGGCCCCGUCCACUGCCUUCCUCUCCUCCACCUCCCUCCUAUGGGCCCCACUUAAUCAGCCUUCCUCAUUCUCUUCUUCCCCCCAUUCACCCACAAGGUUCCUACCUUUCUUUACCAUUUCUCAAUCCUGUCCUUUUCUAUCUUCAUUCCCUCCAUCCUCCUCCCAUUUCCCCUCUUUUCCUGGAUAGAUAUAAUCUGUUUCAGCAAAGCGCUCCAUCCAUCUCAGUGGUCAGUGUGAGAGCAGGAUAAAGCAGCUUCACAAUCUUGUUUUUGGAUUAAGCAAAGGAUGGGUCUGAGUGAGCGAAAGAGCACGGAUUAAACAGAAAGACAACAUUUUGUAGCAUCAACUUGCAAUGUGAUAAACAGAACAGCUACAUAGAUAUACUAUCUCCACUUAACCAUGUUGACAGUACCAUGCUCGUGUGUCUCAAUGAGUAGCAGCAUGCACGUGCCAUGCCAGUCAAGAUAAAUCCUGUGUAGCUUACUCCAGUGCACAUACAGCUUAUUAACUUAUCGCCGCUUUAUUUGAUUACCAUCUAGCCCAUUCUCUCAACUGGUUAAUAAGUCUAUGUCCUCCUGACUAAACACUCCAUUAGUGUCAUCACUGGCUAGCUAGUGUGUGUGCUGCGUACAUCUCUGGGCCAUUGAGGCAGAUACACAUGGGGGCCAAGUGACAGAGUAAACACAGAGGCAGAACACUGGGCAGAAAAACAACCCGUGUAAGACAGACAAUAGGUGCAGUACAAAGGUGGCCGGUCUGAAGAUGACAGUAACAUGUGGAUUAAGGCUUUUGUUACGGCAACAAAUAUAAAAUACAAUACAGUCGUGGAGAUGAGUCAAGAUCACCACAGAGAUGUAAUGUCUAAAUGUUUUAACAAACAAUUUCAACCAUGCUUACAAGUAACAAUUUCAAUUUCAUUUGGACUUGUAAGAAUGAAACUUUGACAAGUUGAAAUGCUGGUACGAUGAAGUGUAACAUUUUCAGAUAGUCAAGAAGCUAUAGAUUCACUUCACAUUGCAUAAUAGAGUUGAGAAGUGGAAGGAGCUGUUUGAAUUAUUUUCCCACGCACAAUGUUAGGUGACCUACAGUUGGAGCGCUUCUACAGCUUGAAUGGAUAUGAAACUGGGGCUGCACAAUUUUGAAAAAAAUAUCUAAUUGAGAUUAUUUUGACUGAUAUUGCAUUAUGAUUUGCGAUAUUAGAGGGAAUGAUAAUUUUUACACAAUUAUUCUCAUUUUCAUUGAAAAAACAUACUGUAUUAAAAUGAUUAUAGUGUGAUUUUUGAGGCAAUCUGUACCAAACAAAGAUGUUUACUUUAGUUUGUAGUAUAUGUUGUGUAGACCAGGACAUCUCUGAUGCAUAAAAUAUUUAAUAUAAAAUGGUGUUUUGACACACGUUUUGCCUUUAACAAAUAUUCAGCCUCCUGCUAUUGAAAAAUUGCAAUAGGUCAUAUUGUGAUUUUGAUAACAUUUUGAUUAAUUGUGCAGCCCUACAUGAAACUCUCCCACUUGAAUCAUCGGUACAAAUGAUUAACAAGUGCGUUCGAAAAUAUCUGAUCAUUUGAUCAAAGGGUAGAAGCCUGUGUACAUAAAAACUUACAGGGAGACAUUGACUAAGACUCCCAAAUGUGCUAUUCAGCAAGCAAGAGACGUCAAAACAACAAGCUUAAAGUUAUUUUAUGUGCACUCAUAAGAGGACAGAAGUUUACAAUGUUGAGAAGAAUUACAAUCUGCAGCUUAAAUUAGUUCACUUUUGGAUUCUGGAUCAAUUUUGGAGGAAUUCAGCAAUUAUGGCCGCCACAUUUUGUUCCUAAUUGCUAAGACAAAGAGUUUUGAAUUCACUACAGCUCUGAUUCGCAUCUCUGGCUGACAACAUUGGUCGAGGCUCAUGGGUAUUAUAGUAUUUAGAGCUGUCCAUUGUACCAAACUGACUUAACAAAACAUGAUUUCUCAGAAUCAAAGUUGAAAUAACUUAAACUGGUGGCCAUAACACAAAACCUGUGUUUCAAUGUUAAGUAACACUGAGGAAAUUGUUAAAGGAAAAUUUGAAAUGGGAAUACAUAAUGGCAAAAAAAAAACAACAGCUCCUCACACUUACCAACUCUAUAGUGUAGAAACAUGCAGAGGCACACACAUCCAUGCUCUUUUCCUCUCUCUCUCUCUCUCUCUCUCUAUCUCACACACACAAACACACUCCUGUUCCUGUGUGUGUCUGUGUCUGUUGGGGUGCCAUGAUUAACAGUGACCUCGAGCCAGACAUGGUUGGGGUAGUGGGAGUGGGGUCAAAGGGGAAAGGAUUACAGUGAGGCAACCCAUGUCAACUGCUCUGCUUUAAUCCUGACCUCCGAGCCGACCCGAGACUCUUGAAAAAUGAUUCACAUGUAUGAGCUCAACAUAUUUUGUGUACACCCCGACAUUACUCACAUAAUCACUGAUUUGUUUGACUUAAAAAGAACUUGUAUAAAUGCCUGAAAUGCAUUUAGCAUUUAAAGCAGCGUGGAUUUGGAUGCAGAGAUAGAGUGGAUGAGGGUUGUUCUAAUAGCCAGACAGCAGCAAAGACGGAGCAGACCUCCUUAUGUCACAUAGCUGAUGACAGGGAUGAAUAAUACAGCCUUUAUAGCCCUUAUUCCCACCUCACUAUGGCCUGCGCAUAAGCUUGAGCUCUGGGUGAGCAGUUAGCCAUCGAGCCCCUCACUGAGAUGAGAUAGACUCCCAAGAAGAUUUGUGGCUGGGUUGGAGAGAAUCGGAUUAACCAAAAUGCCUCAAUUGGAGUAUACGCUCUGGGCUGGCCUCAGUGUAAUACCAUUGAUAAAUGCUGUAAACCAAAUCUUUAGCAUCUGAUUAGGUAAUGGAGGGAAACACAUCCUGUUAGCAACCAUUAACUGUGCUCAAACCUUCACGAAAGGGUUGUAUGUGAAUGUAUCAAAACACAAACAGUUUGAGUCAUAAGCAGUAGGGACUUUUACGAAUACACAAGUUGCCACUGUAGAAAUAAAUACACAGGGAAAUAAUAAAUCGCCAGAAGCCGUGGACAGGUGGCAUUUCAGCCUGCGCACCGUUUAGCUGUGCAGUCUGGUUUCUGACAGCUUGAUUUAGUCUCCUGCACCUGAGCCAGAAAAGAGGGAAAAUUAACGGCAGCUUAACUAGAUUCCAAUUUGCCUGCUUUGAAACGCUAUUGAUGGAGCUAAUGUAUCUGGAAAACACUGAAUGGACUUUCUGGUAGCCGUAUCAAGCUUAUUGUGAUCGUGCAAAGACCGUGUGCACCCGGUCAGGGUCAGGUACACCGGGAAGUAAGAAAGGCAAUAGCAUUGACUUGAUUUACUCUGCCACCUGAGUCUGGCUAUGCUUUGGGGGGACAUUAGGGUUUGUCUUUAGGGUGUAAAAUGGAGAUUAAAGUGGCUCAAGGGGAGAUGCUGGGACGCAUGCUGUUCCCCCUGCUGUGAACAGGGUGUAAUCCUUCAGUUUCAGAGAAGUGAAAAGUUUGCAGAGUCCAGAAAGUUACGCACACAUCCCUUCUGGGCCCCCUAUUGAGCAGGGAGUGUGAGCCAGCAGGGGAUAACCAUAUGCUAUCAAAGUGUUCUUCAAAGCUCCCGUCUUUAGUCCACUAAAUUAUACAGUAUCAUCACAUAUACCUGACGAAAAUAGAAGAAAAAUAAUCAUGCAGCUCAACACAAUAACAACAAUACAUUCCUUAGAAAUGUGGUUUUAAGAAAAUCCGUUGCCUUUGAACUGGAAUUUAUUUUCUGGAAUGACUUUGAACUUUGUUGAAACAGUAGCCCCAACCGUGUGGGUCAGCUCAUGAUUUUGUAUUUACAUGCUUUUAAAAUACUGCUGCUGUUGGACAAUUAAAAAUUGAUGAUUCCUAUCACAAUGAAGCCCUUCUCAGUUACCAGAGGUUAAUUUGUGCUAGCCCCUCAUUUCAAUUGUACUGUAGUAAAUGUCCACAUUAUUUCCCACAUGGGCCUGGAUGAGGGGUUUGAUUAUCCAAAGGUAGGCCUUGGUUGGCUCCGUUAUUGUCAGAGGGGUCGUAAGCUGCAGUAACGGCUUCUAGGGUCUUAUUGCUAUGGCGAUCAGCCCCUUGCCACUUGGCCUCCGUGACCCCAGUCAGAGAUAAGCUUUAUGGGAAAGCACAUUAACAUGCUCCUGCAGUCACCUCCCUCCUUUAUCAAAGGCAGUUCUGUGAAAUCAAGUGUUUAUGGACCCCCAGUGAGGGUAUAGUGCUGCUGAUUGCCUAUAUUAGAGGUGGAGUGUAAAUGAGCUGGAGGUGGACAAAGGACCUGUAGUAGUGGGGAGAAUUGAACUGAUGUUAUUCUCCACUAAAUGAGCAAUAUCUUUAAUGACUGCAACACCCCAUGAGCUGGAUUACAAAUACCGUCUGCAGUCUAAAUAUAUCCACGUCUUCCAUUCUUUCUACAAAAACUGAUGCUACAUAAGAGACGUAAAAAAUGUGCAUAUAUACGAUGUAGCAUUGUAUUUUGGAGUUAUGUAUUCUUACUGUACACUGUAGGUUACAGACACUUCCUUUAUUGUCUUCCUCUUUGUGUUAUACUAAGUCGUCCAAUGGAUGUCUUUUUUUUGUUCGUUUUUGUCUUGCACAUGUGUUACGUUGGACAUUUUCCUGUGGCUAUGAGCGACACCAGGAUCACAACAUAAAUAAAAACACUGAGGUGUCAGUAGUGUGUGCCUGCUUACAGCCUGAUCACUGGUGAAAGAUCCUCUCAGUAUGUCUGCAGUAUGAUGGAUGGUGAUAGCCCGGUGUCUUUGUACACAUCAGGGGGCCCUACUGUUGUCACUGGACAGAUAGAGGGAGCGAGAAAGAGAAAGAUGUAGCCGCAGCUUAAUGUCCUUCUCUGGCGCUGUGCAUGCUCUUUCCUAUUUGCUUUUCCCUUCACGGCACGGUUAACAUCGUAAAUUAACCUUUCCAAGCCCCCCUGUGCUCACAGACUGGUGCGCAAUACAGACAAAGGGGAAAAAAAAUAGAUCUGUGUUAUGCAAUGCGGUAGCACUGGUCAGAGACGUAGCCUGUUACAGCUAUUCCUUUUUCAGUGAUAGGGAAUAAAACAACACACUUUGUUCAGUCAAGCAGACGCUCUACUUUAUGUGCAUGUCCUGUGUACUCUGCAAAUCGGUAUGAGGCUGCUUUUUGUUCUCCAUCCUAGAAAUGUAAAUGAACACACAUGAAAGAAAACGUAUUGUAGAAUCCUUCUCUUCUUAGUUUCGAGCCUUGUAAAUAGGAUGUAAAUACCAAACAGCUAUGCAUGCUAAUAUACAAGCAAUUUGUUCAGGUACUUUUGUAAUCCAGACUUCUCAUAUGGCAUGUAAUGACAAAAAAAAAAAAAAAAAAUCAAACAUGGAAGAACAUAAUAAAUUGUGAACACCGAUAUGGUUU